UUUACACCAUCCAGCCUCCAUUAAUGGAGUUAGGGGACCUCAUCAAACACUCGUAGGCCGAUCCAUGGAGGCCAGAACAUGUAAAUAGCAUUCAAAACUUAUUUACAUAGUUCGCACGUAAACAUCACUGUUCAUACCAUCCAACACUCCAUUAAUGGAGUUACGGGACCUCAUCGAAUACUCGGAGGAUUCAAAGAGGAGCCUGUAGACAGGUAAGGUGACGCUCACAAGCAGGUAGGGCGGAUCUUUGUAGGCAAGCAGGGUUGAUCUUGCAAGCAGGCGAAGCAAAGCUCACAUGCAGGGAGGGUGGUGAACUCCAGCAAAGUAGGGCAGGCGGGGCUAAGCUUGCAGGCAUUUUUUCAUGUUUUAACAUGAAAGGAAUACUGUUGUUCGGCAGUUGGAAGCACAAUAAAGCUGCGCUACACAGCCACAGUCCCUAGUCCCCAGUCACAUCUGAUCAACAGCACCUUCCGACUAAAUAUCACCUGAACCAACAAUUUAAAGAGGAAGAAGAAACCCACCCAGCUACGAGUUGUUUGCCCCAACAUUUUCUUCACUGCAGCAGAAUAGACCUUUGCUCUGCUUCCAGUUCAAUCCAAGCCUAUACUGUCAAAUUGUCCUUUCCAGGGAAUAACUGCUCAGAACCCGUACUCUCCUUAUCCAAUCCCUCUGUUCCAACAUCUUUGCUCGUCUGCUUCCGGGAUUCUAGCCUCAAACCUUUCCCUUUUGUGGAAACCACUGUCCUCUACCCUUCUCCCUUUUCCACACUGUGGCUUUCUGACAGAAUUCCAUUUCACUCUCCAUAAAAAACCCAUCUUUGGAGCUUCUAAGAUGAGCAAGUUAAUCUAUAUGGAGGAAGAUUUUGAGGAGGAGGAGGUUUGGGCUAUGGCGAAGGAGAAGAAGGAUGAAAGUCCUAAGAUUAGAAAGCAGAAAGAAUUCUCCUUUUCGUCAAAAUCUUCUUCUAGGACGGUGCCAAGAACAAAUUUCAAUGGAGAACAAAGCAGGCAGUCUGCUCCAGUUAAUAUACCCAAUUGGUCUAACGUCCAUAGAAGAAAGUGCGAGGAGGAAGAAGAUGAGGAGGAAGAAGACAAGUUACCUCCUCAUGAAUGGAUUGCGAGGAAGAUGGCAAGGAGUCAGAUUUCUUCUUCUUCUGUUUGCGAGGGGGCAGGGAGGACUCUGAAAGGAAGGGAUCAGCGCAAGGUGAGGGAUGCUGUGCUCACAAGGACUGGAUUUCUGGAGUAGAGAGGAGGAUGAUGAUGCUUAGUAGUAGUAUUAGUGGUAUUAAUGUUUUGCCUUUUUACUUUAUUUUAAUCCUUUUUUUUCCUUGCUAUGUUAUGAACUGGCUCCUGGUUUUGGUUGUCUUCGUUUAUUCAGGAGCCUGGAGUAAGGACCAAUGAGUAGAUUAUUAUCGUCUUCUAAGUGUAAUGGGAGAGAAUUUUGGGUAUUAUGUGAAUACAAGUGAGCUGC